AUGAAAACCUCAUCCAUCGCCCUCACCCUUGCAGCAGCUGCCGUUACGAGCGCACAGGAUCCGUUCUACAACAUCAGCUCUGCACCAUUCUUUCUAGUCGUCACAUCCGAAGACGGAAAGGUCAAUGACACGCUAAGCGCCUGUCACGUCGGUGCAGCCAUCGAAUCACUCUGCCUCAGCAAUGCUGGCGUAGGUGACAGCCCAGAACCCCUCGACGGCGCACAAUUCCAAUUCAACACAUCUGUCUACUCUCAAGCACCAGAGGACGGCUUCGGCGUACCAGGCAUCUUGACCUGGUGGUUGAACACCACCACCCUCGACAUUCCCUCAUCAGCGGCUUUCAACCUUGACCCGACUUCCAAUCUCGCAGGCAUCACCCUCAGCCCCGGAAGCGGAAGCGAUACGACUAUGCUGGCUUUCGACUCCCAGGACGAACUUACGUAUCAGGGCUAUGUCCGCGGCGAGAACAACACAGGCAACUACCAGGAAUUCUACCGCUGGUUUGCUUGCGACACGGACUAUGCCAGCUACAGGUACAACAACCUGGCAUGGGGAUUGGGCGCGGGCAAGCCAGACAACCCAACCUGUGUCUCGGUUAACGUGACGAGGGUGUUUGUCUAG